AUGGACGUCCAUGGGUCGCUCCUCUGCUCCCAGGAGGAUGUAAAGUCAGCGGGCAGCUUCUUCAAGACUGUCAAACACUGUCACCCUCAAUAUGCUUUUAUUGUGGAGAGGACUUUAUUGAUCAGCUUGUGGCUUUUCUCUGGCUCCUUAUUGGACGGUGGAGUUUUGACAGAUUGUUGCUCCCAGCAUGCAGAUGAAGAUCAGCUGGCUCUCAGAUCAGAUCUCACUACUGUUCACCGUGUGACGACUUCCUGUGAGGACCUGAGUUUGUUUGUCCUGCAGCUCCCCGACCUGAAGGACGCUGAGGCGGUGCAGAAGUUCUUCCUGGAGGAGAUCCAGCUGGGGGAGGAGCUUCUGGCUCAGGGAGACUACGAGAAAGGCGUGGACCACCUGACCAACGCCAUCGCCGUGUGUGGUCAGCCUCAGCAGCAGACUCUGCCUCCACCCGUCUUCCAGAUGCUCCUCACCAAACUGCCCAGCAUCAGCCAGCGCAUUGUGAGCGCACAGAGUCUGAGCGAGGAGACAACCCCCCCCCAAACACUCACCCUCAUCUUCAUCAUCUGGACCUUCCAAGACGUCCCCCCCGACGCCUCGGCCUCCAUCACUCCGGGCCGCCGUCCAUCACUUCCUGAAGGGGAACUCGUUUCUUUACUCCUGGUUCAUCCAUGACAGUGAUGUUUAGUUCUUUUUAACCUGAAUGACCCGUUUUGUGGCGUUCAGAGUCUCUGGGUCAUGACGUAGGCGUGCACUCUGCAGGUGGAGCGUGUUACCGUGAAGGGGCUCCUUCCUUCUGGGUGGUGCAGCACACGUGCUGACAGCCUCAUGUACCCGGGUUACACCGUCUGACGUGUUGGUAACGACCGUCUUCCUGCUUCUCAUGAGAUCACAAACAGGAAUCUUCUCUUUGCUCGGAUGCUUCAAAGUAUUUAUUGUGUGUUUUUCUUUGUCAUCGGUCGUCUUUCUGUUCGUUCUCGACUUUUAAAAAGUGAUCAAACGUUUUGUUUAGUCAUUUUAAAGAGGACGACCCUCUUUAGGAAAAUAAAAAGAAACGUGAAGGAACUCUGAAGUUGUCUUGUGAGGUGAUUUUGUAUCUAAAGGAGGUCACGCCUCCUCCACGUGGUCCAGUCGCUGUGCACGUGUCAUCAAGGAGACAAACAGGUAUGACGUCAUAAACUCAUGAAGCUGCUUCAUGAAUAACAGCCUGUGCAGCUCCAACAACUACAGCUCAGCUGCUAAACUCUUGUUACAUCAUUUAAGUUCAUGGUUUUGCUCUCGGGCACCAAAUAAAUACUUUGUUACUACAGCAGGAAAACUGUGGAUCAACGUUUGUGUAUAAUUACAGUUGUAUUUGGUUAUUAUUCUGCUGCUGGUUCUCAGUCGAGUGGAUUCUCCUCAGUAUCUGAAGCCACUGAACAGUUUCAUCAACCUCGUGUAUUAACUCACGUUAGAAUUGAUCUUUCUGUGGAACUCGUGUCGUUCACACUGACCAAUUGUCACGUGAUCAAUAAACAAAGAACUCGGA